UGGCGGUUUCCAGCGUCUCUACUGCGUCUGUAGAAGUUGGGUGAGCAGCGCUGGCAGACCGUUGAGAACUGGUCUUACGCUGGCGACGACAGGCAUCAGACGGAGGUAGAUGACUGUUGUCGGAGCUGUCCCUGGUGUGCGGUAAGCAACAGUCUGCAUGCAAACUCACCUGUUUGGCCGAGCCACCUUUCUACGAUUCUGUCCGACGAAAAGAAAAACUGGUGAAGAAUAAAGCAGAGAGUCGGAAUGGACAAUGAAGAUAAGGAAGCAGCUGCUCCUCUUCUCUCUGACUCCAUACGGAUCAGGGCAGAGCCCCUUUGCCUGUCGUACCGGCUGAUGGUGACGAUGCUGUGCACGAUGGCGAUGCUCAUCUGCUUCGCGGAGCAGAGCGGCAUGGGGUCCGCGAUGGUGUGCAUGGUUCUGGACACGGCGGCUGGACACGUCAACAGCACCAACAACACCAACAACACCAGAGACCCGCCAACAGCAGACAGGUCCCUCGAUCCGUACAAGUUUCCCUGGAGCAAGGAGGAGCAGGGCUGGGUGCACUCCUCCCUCUUCGUUGGCUACUACAUCGCGCAGCUGCCUUCUGGUCUCCUGGCAACGCGGUUUGGAGGCAAAAAACUCACAGUCCUGGGGCUCCUGGUCUCCUCGGUGGCGCAGCUAGUAACACCGUGGCAGCUUCCGGCGGACUCGUGUGGCUGUGCGCGACCAGGGCAGUGGCUGGUCUGAGUUCGGGUUUCAUCUACGCCCCUGUUUUUGCGGUGCUUGCCAACUGGGUUCCUAGAAGCGGAGUCAAGUGUACUAAUUGGCCUUGCAGGAACAGGUAUGGAGCUUAGGGGCUGUACUUUGUUUUGGUUUGUCUUCUUUCGUCUGUGAGUCUACAGUAAUAGGAGGCUGGCCCACAACUUUCUACAGUGUUGGAGUUCUAGGUAUACUGACGGCUGUAGCGUUUUCAAUAUUCGUGUCUGACGAACCGUCGCAGAAUGUGUUUGUGCGGCAAGCCGAGCGCUUGUACAUAGAAAGUGCGGUGUACAAAUCUGGUGAUGGUGGUCACACCGACAACAACGACAAUACUUCACAGGUGCGGAGAAUUCCGAUGCUGACUAUCCUGACCUCGCCACCUGUGCUGGCGAUCGUUGCCGCUCAGAUUGGCACCGACUGGCUGUACUACCUCACCAUCACCGUCCUUCCAGACUUCAUGCACGAGACGAUGCUCUUCCCGCCGUCCACGGUAAACCUUCUGACUGGUUUGCCUUUUCUGAGCAUCAUACCUGCCAUCUACGCAGCAGGAACACUCGCUGACUUCCUCCGCAGGCGGAGGAUCAUGUCUACAACGGCCGUCCGCAAGGUCGCAGACUUUGUUUCCAAGAUCAUUCCGGGCCUGUUGCUAAUUGCAAUGGGGUACCUGCGACCCGGCCAGGAGGCGCUGUUCAUCGUCUUGUACCUGCUGUCCUGUAUUUUCCUGGCUGCCUCCUACGUGGCGUGGGUGACAAACCCUCUGGACCUGGCCCCAGCCUACGCGGGGCUCAUAGCCAGCGUGUGUGAGAUAGGGGCCAUGUGGCUGGCCAUCGUCGUGCCCAUUAUUGUGGAGCAGAUCACUGUGGAUAAGUCACGUGAGCAGUGGCUCCUGGUGCUGUAUAUAACGGGUGGACUCCAGUUAGGAACCUUCCUCAUCUAUCUCGCCUUCGGCUCCUCCAAGCUGCAGUCCUGGGCGCGGCCCGAGGGUAGGAGAAAGGUCUCAGUGGGCCACCCACAGGAGGGGAAUGGCGCCCACAGCGGUGAGGUAGCGCCCACCGAGGCCAAGGUGGAGGUGAGGGCGAGUCCCUGGAGACCCCGCAGUCCCUCCUACAUGUCUGACAGCGAGGUGGGGCUCCUGUUGUACCGCCCCCUCACCCUGGGCCAGCCCAGGCCCAAGUCCACGCCCUGCGGGGCCGUCAAGCGGGGCUCAGAGUCGGGCCUCGACGACAUCUCGGAUGAGGACAGGACGUCUGCCUAUGGAAGUCUGGAGGUGACUAUCUGAGGACAGACUGACCCGCUCUCAGGUCACGUGUGUGUGUGUGCAAGUCUGGAGAUGACCGUCUGAACUCUGACCUGUUCCUACGUCACGUGUGAAGACCUCUGUGUGAACGUUCACACUUGCAGUGGACGUGGAUGUUCAGUGGACCGGAUGAGAUUGGAAACCCGGCUGCGCUGCUGGUGUUCACAGCGAACUGUGUGACCUGCUUGUGAUACGAGGCUCCGACACAGGAUUGUGUAAAUAAAAUGAAUAAAAAGACUUUCCUAGCUCCGAAUAGGAGA